CCCAUCUAUUUCCUUGCAGACAAGGUCACAGCCUGGAUAUGGCCUCAGAGAUCCAUAUGCCAGGCCCAGUCUGCCUCAUUGAGAACAUCGAAGGGAAACUGGUAGUUAAUCAGGAAGCUUUGGAGAUCCUCUCUGCCAUCACCCAGCCCCUUGUUGUGGUGGCUAUUGUGGGCCUCUACCGCACUGGCAAAUCCUACCUGAUGAACAAACUGGCUGGGCAGAAUGAGGGCUUCUCUGUUGGAUCCACGGUGCAGUCUCACACCAAGGGAAUCUGGAUGUGGUGUGUGCCUCAUCCAGAGGAACCAAAUCACACCCUGGUUCUGCUGGACACCGAGGGACUGGGAGAUGUAGAGAAGGGUGACCAGAACAAUGAUACUCAGAUCUUUGCACUGGCAAUACUAUUGAGUAGUACCUUUGUUUACAACACCAUGAACAAAAUUGACCAGAGGGCUCUUGAUCUGUUGCAUUAUGUAAUAGAACUGUCAAAUCAGCUCAGGACAGUUUCUCCACCUGAUCUUGAUGGAGUUGAAGAUGCAGCUGAUGCUGUGAGCUUCUGUCCAGACUUAGUGUGGACUCUGAGAGAUUUCUACCUUUCCUUGGAAGCAGAUGGGAGACACAUCACAGCAGAUGACUACCUGGAGAACUCAUUGAAGCUGAAAGAAGACACUGAUGAAAAUCAUCAAAAUUUCAAUUUGCCCCGUCAUUGCAUACAGACAUUCUUUGCAAGAAAGAAAUGCUUUGUCUUUGACUCUCCCACUCACUGGAAGAAGCUUGCCCAUCUUCCGACACUGCAUAAUGAUGAACUGGAUCCUGACUUUGUGCAACAAGUGGCAGAUUUCUGUUCCUACAUCUUUCACCAUUCCAAGGCAAAAACUCUUUCAGGAGGCAUCAAGGUCAAUGGACCUCGUCUAGAAAGCCUGGUGCUAACCUAUGUCAAUGCCAUCAGCAGUGGGAACCUGCCCUGCAUGGAGAAUGCAGUCUUGGCCUUGGCCCAAAUCAAGAAUUCAGCUGCAGUACAAAAGGCCAUUGCCCACUAUGACCAGCAGAUGGCCCAGAAGGUGCAGCUCCCCACAGAAAACCUCCAAGAGCUGCUGGACCUGCACAGGACCUGUGAGAAGGAAGCCAUCGAAAUCUUCAUCAAUAAUUCCUUCAAGGAUGUGGACCAAAACUUCCAGAAGGAAUUAGAGACCCUGCUGGAAGCAAAGCAAGAUGACUUUCGUAAGCAGAACUUGGAGGCAUCAUCAGAUCGUUGCUCAGCUUUACUUCAAGAUAUCUUUGGUCCUCUAGAGGAAUAUGUGAAGCAGGGGGUUUACUCAAAGCCCGGAGGGCACUGCCUCUUCAUUCAGAAGAGAGAAGAGCUGAAGGCAAAGUACUAUGAGGAGCCCAGGAAAGGAAUACAGGCUGAAGAAGCUUUGCAGAACUAUUUGCAGUCCAAGGAGUCCGUGAGUGAUGCCAUUCUAUACACAGACCUGGUUUUCACCGCCAAGGAAAAGGAGAGGAAAGAAGCAUAUUUGAAAGCAGAGGCUGAAGCACGAAGGUUGGAGGAGAUUCAAAGGCAGAACCAGCAAAUGAUGGAGGAGAGGGAGAGACAGCAUCAGGAGCAACUGAGACAAAUGGAGAUACACAGAGCCCAACAGCUGGCACAAGAACAGAUGGCUUGGGAACAUUAGCUCCAGGUAUACUUACCCGUUAUUUCAUCUCACCAUUUUAAUCACAUCUCCCUCUUUGUAUUGAUAAGAGCACGAAACUAUAACAAAGAGGGAGAGACAGCAUAACUUUAUGGCUCAGGGCAAGGACUCUGGAGUCAGACAGCCUGGUAAGAAUCCUAGCUCCACA